AUGACCCCGUCCGGCCGCCACAAGGGCUCUUGGCUCCCGGCCGUGCCCGCCUGGCCCCGCCGCUUCCCGGCAGCGCCAGCCUCGCACACCAGCACAUGGCGGCCCUGCGCACCCUCCUGCUCCUCGGGCUGCUCCUUAUGGCGCGGGGGCAGAGGGCGGCGCAGAGGCGACGGCCGCCCCCUCCCCAGAGUGCGCUGGAAAAAGUGGUGGCUCAGGAGGGGCUCAACCUCCACCAGCUCUCAGGGAAAUGGUUCCUGGUCGGCAUGGCCUCCCACUGCAGCUACCUGGUAGAGCACAGCCACCAGCUGGAGGCCACGACAGUGACAAUGACCAUCCUGGAUGGGCAGAGCUUGGCCAUCAGCACCUUCAGGAAGCUGGACAGGAUGUGCUGGGAAAUCAGGCAGCACUACCUUCCCGCCCAGGCCCCCGGACACUUCCUGCUGAAGGGCCGUAGGAAAAGCAGCAAAGUGAAUGUGGUGGUGGGUGAGACUGACCCCAGCAGCUUCGUCAUCCUCUAUUACCAGAAGGGCCGCAGCAUCUCUGUUAAGCUCUAUGGUCGGACCAGCAAGGUCAGUGACGCCGUCGUGGACAAGUUCGAGCAGCGCGUCAGGGCUGUGGGUCUGAGUGAGGAUGUGACCUACUACUUCCCCACCUAUGGGUUUUGUGACUCUACAGAUGAGUUUCAUGUCCUCGAUGAAACGAAGCUGUAGGUGCAGAUGGAGUUGCCAGGGGGUCCCAGAGCUCAGCCCUCACCUCAACCAGCUGCCCAUGGCCACACAGACCUGAACCACACUUUGUCAGUUCCCACUGCUGCUCCACAGCUCUGGAGCCAGCCCUGGGCCUCCUCAGCCCCUCCAGCUGUGCUGGCAGCUGCGUCUGCCCUUGUCCUGUGCCCCCCCUCUGCUCUGUGCCCCACUCUCCUGCAGGAGCCAGUAACACCCCAAUAAAUGCCUCAGAGAAGAGA